CUUCACCUCGUCUUCACGUCUCACAUACGGCACAGCUGUGCGCGUGCAUCUCAGCGUUCCUUUAUUUAAAUGAGGAAUCCAGACCGUCUGAGGGAAAGAUCUCGGCGAUUCAUGUGUAAUAAUCUCUAACAGGCGCGUACACUUAGCAUUCACCUCACAGGAGGGCAUCGCUUUAAAUUCUUUUGUAAGAUAGUAAAAUAAAAUGGACAGCUCAGACAAGGAGAACAGGUCGGAUGAAGAAUUUGAAUCACCCGAAGAAGAAGAAGUGGACCCGAGAAUUCAGGGUGAGCUUGAGAAGCUGAAUCAGUCCACAGACGACAUCAACAGAUGUGAAACUGAGCUCGAGGAUGCCAGACAAAAGUUUCGUUCAGUGCUUGUAGAAGCCACUCUAAAGUUAGACGAGCUGGUGAAGAAGAUUGGGAAAGCGGUGGAAGAAUCAAAACCAUACUGGGAGGCACGGCGGGUGGCACGGCAGACUCAGCUGGAAGCGCAGAGAUCCACACAAGACUUCCAGCGGGCCACGGAGGUACUGCGGGCAGCCAAAGAAACCAUCGCCCUGGCUGAACAGAGGUUGUUGGAGGAUGAUAAGCGGCAAUUUGACUCGGCCUGGCAGGAGAUGCUCAACCACGCAACACAGCGAGUGAUGGAGGCCGAACAGAUAAAAACACGCAGUGAGCUACUGCACAAGGAGACCGCUGCCAAAUACACCGCUGCAAUGAACCGUAUGAAACAGCUGGAGAAGAAGCUCAAACGCACCAUCUGCAAGUCUAAGCCCUACUUUGAAAUGAAGGCAAAAUAUUACUUGCAGCUUGAGCAACUGAAGAAGAAUGUGGAUGACCUCCAGGCCAAGCUGACACAGGCUAAAGGGGAAUAUAAGUCUGCCCUGAGAAACCUGGAGAUGAUCUCUGAUGAGAUCCAUGAGCGCAGACGCUCCUCAGGCAUUGGCCCGCGGGAGAGAGGCGUAGGGGCAGAGGGUGACGGUGUCAUUGGUGAAGACUUGUCUGCCUUCAAAUUGGAGUCUGAUGGAAUUUCGAUGGCAUCUGGCUCCUAUGAGGAUGAAAACUGCAGCACCAGUGCCAUGUCAGAAGAAGACUCAGAGACUCAGUCCAACAGUAGCUUCAGUUCUGGGCCAAACAGCCCUCUGGACUUGGCCUGUCCUUUCUCCUCCUCCUCGUCCUCCUCCUCUGGCUCUCCAACCUCCACCUCCCCCACCCCUUCCUCUCGCCCCUGCAGUCUGGACCUGCCCAGCACGGUCUCUUUGUCUGAUUUUAGCCUGAUGUCUCCCAUCCUAGGGCCACGCAGCGAAUGCAGCGGCGCCUCCUCCCCCGAGUGCGACCUAGAGAGAGGUGACCGAGCAGAAGGUGCUGAAGCCAUACUGGACAACGUUCUCAAUAACAACAGCAUCAGCAACACUAAAACAACCUUUGGCCUGGAUAGCCGUUUCCGCCUGCUGUCUCUAAAACUUAGCCGAAACGAAAGCAGAAAAGGCGCUGGCCGAGAUUCCCUGGGUCUGGCUCAGCACCCCUCCCCAGCCACAAUCCUACUGGAGUGACUGCAAUGCAAUGCAUCCGAUGCAUUCAUCCACAUUCAGCGCGAAAGGCACUGGCAGCCACCCGUCCUCCACUUCACCAGUGUGUCAUCCCAGCCCAUUCCUCUCACUGUCUAGAAUGUUCCUCUAACUUUCAGACUGAACUUUGCCUCAAUCUCACGGGUGUGAGAAAAGCAACCCGUGACACAUGUGCUGAGGAGACAAAUCUGCCACUGGAGGGGCACAGAACUGAGUUAAGCUUUGAAAAGAAGACCAACAUCUCUGUAAAACACAAUUAACGUUCCAGAUCUAGAUGGUAUCUGAAGAUGGCGUAAGCACUUGUCAAUUAAGGAGCACUUGUCUUUUUACUUGUAUGCGUAAGAGAUUCAUUAUGAUGUAGAGUUUAUGCCGCUGGUAACGUGUUUGUAACUGUGUGAUGGAAAAAAUAUACAGUCAUUUGUGUGGCAGUGUAAUGUUUCAACAGUUACCGAGUUCUUGUAUAUCUAGGACAUCUGUGCAUGCUCUCGCUUCAGCCUCGUGCUCUACAGACUUGUCUGCAUGUCCUACACAAAGACAUCCAUCUUCAAAACGGACUCAAGAGCUUCAGAGGAACUUCUGCGCUGUAACAGUGACUCACAAGGAUGUGAAGCCAGCUACCUGCAUCACAGGUCACCACCUCAGAGUCAUCCAGGUACCUGCAGCAGCUACAGGCUGAUCCACACCGGUCACUUUCACCUUCCUCCGCAAGCCAAAUCCACCGCAUGCCGCCCGAUGCUCUCUCUAUGUAAAGAACAAUCAUUGUUUUGAGAAUAAAUAGAAAAAGAGCAAUAGAUUCACAAUGCCGUUGUGGAAGACUAAUAGUUCAGGAAGUAGCAUAAAAGGCUGGAUCUACUGUACUUGCACUGAGGCUUAUGGGAAUGAUUGGAUCCCUGUGGGGGUCUUGCUGCACUGAUGAAGAGGACAAUUACUGAAUGCUUCAUCCAGCUUCUGCGUGCAGUAGCCACUGAUUUUGAGACAGACGGCACAGCUUCAGGUCUAGUCGGUAGGCUGUGUGCUGUUUUUGUGUGACCUUGUGUCUUGUCUCUUUUUCUCUGUAGGUUUUUUUUUUUUUUUUUUUUCAGUCUUUUCAAACGUUCUUCUCCCGUUUGUCUAGUUGGUUCUUUGGUUACUGUCGUUUUGAGAACCUACGGUGAGGAAAGAAACCUUGUAGCAGUGUUUAAAUGAUUUGUGGCGUUUAACUUGGUCUUUUGUUGUUGACGAAGCUUGUGAAAUUUUCAAACUAAAAUAAAAUGUUACCUGAAAUGAA